AUGAAGUACUGGUUCGGCGAUUUGACUAAGAAGAGGUUACUGGAGACUUUGAGCUGUGGGGGUGAAAGGGGUGUAUGUGGGGGUGCACUUUGUGGUGUAUGGGGGUCACUAGGAGCUGCAUACCAAGGCCUCCAGGAAGUGGAGCUGCAGGGGUGUGGUGGGGUAGAAAGGGUGUGUGGGCUUGGAGUAACAAUGACAAGUAACACAGUAAAAGCUGAUGAAAAUAGAAGUAAGCGUAGAAAGGAGAUGGAGAAUGAAGCUUCAGAAAGUCCUCAGUUGUCCUCCCUGGAAAGACCAGACUUGGCUCUUUCUGAAAGCUUACAGUCACUUUACAAACCUGAAGCACUGGAAAAGGUUUUAAAUGAUAUGAACAAAGAAAUUAAUAACCUGUUGUCAAAAUAUGCCCAUAUUUUAAGUGAGAGAGCGGCAAUGGAUGCUUCUUAUGUACAAGAGCUUGAAGGAAUCUUGAAAGAAGCGAGGAUCAUAGAAAAUCACUUGAAGCAGAAAAGAGAGAGUCUGAGACACAGAUUCACAGUCAUUGCAAACACCCUGCAAAGCUAAAAUUGAUUUUGUAUGGCAAAUAAGCUGAAAUGUAGGGCACAGAGUGUUGGUCAUGUAUGGUGUUGUAUACUAGAACAUACGCUUUAAGGGAAGAUGCAGGGUUUCAUUCAUAUUUAGCUUUCUGUAUGUAUCUUUAACAGUUCAAGCAAUUUUUAACACUUUUGGAAGCAGCAUACUUUAUUGAAAUAUAGCAAAAGAAAUCAAAACAAAGACAACAGACAGUAAUCAGUGCAGUGGUAAUUAGUGAUACAAAACACUGAUCUCCAUGAUAAAAUCCGUGCCUUUAAGGGGUUUUAAAAAUCAAGUCACAAGUUUGUCAUCUUUACUGACUUGCUUAUGCUGAACCCUGAGUUCCCUUCCGUUGAGCAUGUUGAAGAGAUGGGAAGAACAAAAUAAAGGGAGCCUUGAGAUCCUAGGGCUUGGCGCUAUCACAGGAGAACAGAAACGGGGAGGAUUUUUACUAAAAUAUAGGAUUUUAUCAAACAUUGUCAUGAGUAAAUUUCCCC